AUGAAACCGUCUGGCUCACCAUGUCCACUUGAUCAAAUAUCUAUCAUCUGUUUUAAACGCUGUCCUUAUUUACGCUCGUACUUAACUGAGAUAAUCCACGCAGCCUGGUCUCGCGGUGUUGUCCCGUCUGAAUGGAAGAAAGCAUGCACGAUUCUAAUUCAUAAGAAAGGAGAAACAGCAAACCCAGCGAACUUUCGACCCAUUACUCUCGAAUCUGUCCCACUCAAAGUUUUCACAUCAUGUCUUCGCAACAGGACAUUUCAGUUUCUUGCAGAAAACAAUUACAUUGAACAGAACUUACAGAAAGGUUUCACUCCAAAACUCUCAGGAACACUAGAACACACAGCACAGUUGGCACAUAUCAUUAAUAAAGCGCGAGUAAAACAACGAUCACUUAUCAUAACACUAUUAGAUCUCAAAAAUGCAUUCGGCGAAGUCCACCAUAACCUUAUUUAUGAAGUCCUUCAAUAUCACCACAUUCCCGAUCACAUAAAGAAUCUUGUCAGUAGCCUUUAUGCUGAUUUCCAAACUUCCAUAAUAACUGAACAGUUCAAUACUUCCUUCAUUACAGUCGGUCGUGGCGUCCUUCAAGGCGAUUGUCUCAGUCCUCUUUUAUUCAACAUGUCUUUCAAUACCUUUAUCCAACAUAUUAAAUCGGAAAAAUACCGUCAACUUGGAUUUUGGAAAUCCAGCGAAAACGGUACCCCAUUAAAUCCUCUUCAUUGGUUCCAGUUUGCCGACGACGUGGCUGUUGUUAGCGGCCAAGAAAAAGAAAACCAAAUGCUCCUCAAUCGCUUUACAAUCUGGUGUCAGUGGGCUGAAAUGAUAACACGUGUAGACAAAUGUUCGACAUUUGGCAUUAGGAAACAAUUAACCAAAUCCAUUCAAUAUCUCCCAAAACUAUUUAUAAAUAACUGUCUUGUACCACGUGUUGAACUUGGUAAAUCGUUUCGCUACUUAGGUCGCUAUUUUGAUUUCAACAUGUCCGACGAAGAUCAUAAAUCUGAAGUAUAUGACACACUCACUAAUAUCCUGAAUGAAAUUGAUGAUCUACCAUUACAUCCGAAAAACAAAAUUCUCUUAUACAGUCGUUAUGUGCUUUCCAAAAUCUCUUGGCACUUCACUGUUCCUGACAUAGGCAAAACCUGGGUUAACGAUAAACUAGAUAGUAUCGCGUCCACGUAUAUCCGGAAAUGGCUUGAACUUCCUAUUUCUGCAACCCUUAGUAACGUCCUACUUCCCCACAAUAAAUUUGGAUUAAAUAUCAUUCUACCUUCAACCAAAUUCCUUCAAUGCCAAACUGUUUCUCGGAAAGCCCUAAAGUCGUCGCCAAAUGAAGCGAUCAAUAACCUUUAA